AUGGAUGGGCGCGCUUUUCAAACAGUUGCCACCCUUACAGUCAUGUUCUACAUGGCCAGUCAUAUUUCCCCGGCAUAUGGCGACCACUGCACUAGGAUCGAGCACACCACCGACAAAUGCAGAAACGCAGACUUCAUUAUCAACCACCGUCGCUACCACCAUGGGAGCAGUGGUCAGAUCCGCCUACCACAUACUCAGAGAGAACUCGUCUGGAAUUGUGGGUCGUCCAGAGAGCGGGUCGGGUUUGGAGGAGAGGGAAACCGAGUAGAUUUUUACUUCGCACCGGAUGGUACGAUCAAGUGGUGGAUUUAUAAGUGCGUAGCCUGCAAACGUGUUGACGCAACCUACGAACGCUGCAGAGGCGCCUCUUCCAUCCAGGUAUUGAGUGAACGUAUAUACCAGGGUACUUAUAACCGAGUGAUCAAACUACCAUAUCCCCCGCGUCGCGAGAUAUUCUGGUAUUGCGGAGCGAACUGA